GUGCCCUUCAUGAGAAUGGGCACAAAUCUGCGCAAAUGUUGUAUAAAAUAUAUAUUACACAAUAAUUUUUUUCCACUGCAACAAUAUGGGAAAACUGCUUACCUUUUACUGUAACUCAAAUCCUUCUACUGAAGACAUUCUUUAUUAAACAGUAGUAUUUUAGGCCUCCCAGGUGACUAUUUAUAAUGAACUUUACAUUUUAACAAUACAAUUUAGACAUUAGAGACCAAGUAUUCUUUGUUUUCCUCCAGGAAAAGCUACAUCAAAUGGUGCCAGUAAUUUUGAAACAGAAAAAUGAAAAGUGUACAUUUUAAAAUAAUGCUGUUAUAUUAAAACUGUAGUGUUCCCAUAUGUUCAAGCUCAAAUAUCCCUCUUUUCAUGUUUGCUUUGGCCCAUUUUCAUGAAGGAAGCCAGUAAUUCUGAGUUGAUUGUAUAAAUUUGCUAUUCCCCUAUGCGUAUGGUUAACAUUCCCUUCUGUUUUAAACAUCCUACUUGCAUAGGAAGGAAAGAACAAUGUGAGUAUUCAAAGCUUUUGCACUAGUCAUGAAAUGGACGCAGUGGACAUGCCACUGAUGCCCAUAAAUGGCUUCCUAAAUCACAUUAGAACAAAAGGCACCAGUUCUGGGCGGGGUAGAAUGGACCAAUCAUGUGUUUGGGUAAAUGUUUUGAGAAACAUGUUCAGGAUCUUUUCCCAGAACAAAAGAUGAACUAAAGAUGCACAAUAGGGAGAUUAAAGGUUUAAUGACUGUACAAUAUAAUGUCAGAGAAUAGUAGAAAGUGCAUGGUCCACUGGAAUGUUCAUGAGCUGAAUAUAACAUAUAGAUGCAGAAAUAGUGCUGAGAUCAUUCAGGGACUGUGUGUGUAGAUCACAGCAGAUACGGAGGAGGUAGAAGGUGGUUUCGUUUUCGACUCUCUUAAUCACUGUACAGUGUCACACUGGAGAACUUUAUCACUCAGGAUCGAACGCAAGUCCACACUACCCUUCGCAAAUUUCUUGCCCGUUUUUUCAGCCAUCCUUUCCGGUCUUCGGCGGGGAAUCAGCACCAGAUGCAUCCUCAGCGCCCCCUGGCGCAGGCUGUGCCUGCCUCACUGGGCCAGAAUCUGAGAGACCUGGCAUAUGGCUUUGGCCCUGGAAAGAAGCUGCUGGGAGGGAACAUCUCCUAUGGGGUCAUCCAAUCUUUGAAAGAGUGUCUUUACUUCUUGCUCUGCUGCUGGUGCAUAAAAGAGAUCCUGGACUGAAACAAAUGAAUGAGAAUCCAAGAUGAUCUGGGAAAGUGAGGGCUUUGUUUUUCUCCUUUUAUUCUUUGCCUCUUAAUUUGAGAGUGAUGGUGAUGCUGAGUUGCCUGCUGCCUGAGUGUCCCUGAGUGAAGUGGCAUGUUCCCAUCACUGUCCAGCAGACCAAUCAAGGAUAACCGACUUGUCAUAGCUGUGACAACAGAGGCCUUUGACCAUGACAUGAAGAAACAGCCUUGUAUUUUGUGUGUACAACUCCAAAUGCAAUAAAUUUGGGGUUUUUCCUAAAGCAACAAUGGGAAUUACCUAGCAAACAGGAAACCCUUAGAUGAACCCUUUUCCACCAAUUUGGUCAUCUGCCAUUUCCCACCCACUUGCUAGCACUAUCCCGAUCACUCCCCAGGUACAAACUAGGGAGAGUGAAGGCUAACACGCGUCCUCUGAGACAUGUGAAUCCAGCCAACUGCAUCUUGCUCGUUCUAGAUCACAGGGCAGUGUAUCACACUCGGAGGAAAGUGCCACUACCCUUUUCCGCACACAUGAGCUCACAGACACUCGUGAUUGACUAGCGUUGCUGUGAUUGACAGAAGAGAGUGAGUCUCCUGACCAGAGAGCACAGCCACUUUCCCCUUAGCUCCCAGCCACUGAUGGCUUUGGUAUCAUUAGGAUUUGAACUUCAGAUGAUCGCGUUAUGUUUUUAAAAAAUAAAAGAGCAAGAGUGCAGCUUCGUUCGUUCAUUCAUUCUUUCAUUCAUUUAAUCAUUGCUUUUACCUCCUGUCAAAAUUCCAACACACUGUCGUAACACAUACGCAAAGCACACGAUACUGUCAUAAACCAUAACACACGACACAAUAUUAAUGUAGUUGGUGCAUAGAAGAUAGGGCAAAUGCUUUUCUGUUGCUCCACUCGGGGGCUGGCCGUUUGACAGUUUUACCACUGUACCACUAGCUCAGAAAAAUAUUUCUAUUCCAACUUUCUUAAGCAUCAAUUUUACCAUGUAAAUAUUAAAGCUCACAAUGAU